AGCAGCAAUGCCAGCAAUCAUUGUCAAAUAGAGGGUACGGCAGACUAGAGUCAUUCUCUUGGACGCAGGCGCACUUCAAGGAUUAACAGAACGAGAAGGUGAAUGCAUCUCGCAGGAUGAAUUCGUGCGCGCUCUACUUUUCCCAACUGCGGGCGAUGCUCGUGAGGAAUCUCCUGCUGAAGAAACGCGACACGCGGAAGACGUUUAUGGAGGUCGUUCUACCCCUCUAUAUUCUCGGGGCUUUGAUCGUGGUGAAGGUCAUGAUACCCAACCCAAACUUUCCCGCGAUGAUGACGCAGAGGCACGAAGGAGAUAUAUUCGAAUUAUUCAAUGGCUACAAAAACAAUACGAUCGCCGUGGUGCCCAAUUCCACGGAAACCCUCAGCUUCAUAAAAUCUAUGAAUGAACUCUGGCUCUCUAUGUGGGAUUAUCCCGGUAAGCUUCCCUUAAACUUCGUGGUGUUCGACACGAAGGCUGAACUGCAAGCAGCGUACUGGAGAGAUCCUUACAGCAUACCUCUAGCAAUUAUCUUCGAGGAUUCCCAGCCGAUAUCACAGCGUCUUAUAUAUGAAAUUAGAACAAAUCCUUCGUACAUCUUGCCGCCAUCGCCAACCGAAUUGUAUUCUGCUCCGAUCAGUUGUCGAAUGAAUAAGACCGGUCAUUGGAUGGGCGACAUUUUAUCAAUAAAGACCGGGGACUCCUGUCCCGUUAAUAAUUACUUGCAUUCCGGCUUCUUGGCCCUGCAGAUGAUAACAGACAUUACGAAGAUAAAAUAUGUAAAUCCAGUUGGAAAUCCCGACGUGACAAUACCGGAUAUUAAACUCAUAUUGUUUCCCAAAGAAGCGUACACCGCUGACUGGAUGUUGGCCUUCAGAGUUGUUAUUCCACUAUACAUGGUCUUGGCGCUCUCGCAAUUCGUCACUUAUCUUCUGAUCUUAAUAGUCGGCGAGAAGGAAAAUAAGAUUAAAGAGGGAAUGAAGAUGAUGGGCUUAAGUGAUUCCGUGUUUUGGUUGUCUUGGUUCAUCAUCUACAGCAUCUUCGUCUUUUUGCUCUCUGCCGUCGGGGUGGUGUUGCUCUUCACCCUGCAAAUGUUUCAACACACGCAUUUCCUGCCGAUAUUUCUUUUGAUGGCUCUAUACAGCUUCUCCGUGAUUAUGUUCGCUUUUAUGAUCACGCCGUUCUUCGACAAGUCGCGCACGGCUGGAGUCUUGGGAAACUUCGCUGUGACAACACUGAGCUUGAUGUACUUCAUCCAAGUGUUCGUGAGUGAUUCCAGCUCAGUCACAUACUGGUUGGUUUCUCUGAUCAGCCCAACCGCAUUCGCCUUGGCGAUGGAUAAGGCUCUGGUGUUGGAUCUACAAGGAGAGGGAGUGAAUUUUGACAAUCUCUGGUCUGGUCCAGGGAUACCUUUCGGCGGCAGUAUCGUCAUGAUGACUCUGGACAUCUUUCUGUACGGCUAUCUGGCCUAUUAUCUCGACUCCGUGAUACCAAGUGAGCAUGGAACAAAGAGGCCACCUUGGUUUUGCUUCUUACCUGGAUUUUGGUGUCAAAAGAAGGUUCAAAGGGUGCCGUCGUCCAACGGCGAGUCGAACUCGUUCAUCCCGGGCGAGGAGGCGAAUCGCGACGUGGAGCCGGUGGUGCGCGAGAUGAAGGGCCGCGAAGCGAUCAGGAUAGCCGACCUCUACAAGUCAUUCCACAAGUGCAGGCGUCCGGAGAUCAAGGCGGUGAACGGCAUCAAUCUGACCAUCUACGAGGGUCAGAUCACCGCCAUCCUCGGCCACAACGGCGCCGGCAAGACCACCCUCUUCAACAUCCUCACGGGCCUGACCGCACCCACAUCCGGCACCGCUCUCAUAUUCGGUUACGAUGUGCGCGAUUCCAACGAUAUGUGGGCAAUACGCGGCAUGACCGGGGUCUGUCCGCAGCACGACAUCCUCUUCGAUCUGCUGACGCCGCGCGAGCACCUCGAGUUCUUCGCCGCGGUGCGUGGCAUUCCACGCUCGAUGAUACGACAUGAAGUGAAGAAAACUCUGAAAGACAUCGAUCUAGUCGAGAAGGCGGACACUUUCGCGCGAUACCUGAGCGGUGGACAGAAGAGAAAACUGUCGGUGGGAAUCGCUAUCAUCGGCGAUCCCAAAAUCAUUAUCCUCGACGAGCCUACCGCCGGGGUGGAUCCUUAUUCGAGGAGACAGUUGUGGUCCCUCCUGCAGUCGAGGCGGCACGGAAAAGUGAUUCUAUUGACAACUCAUUUCAUGGACGAGGCGGACAUACUCGCCGACAGGAAAGCAGUAAUCAGCAAGGGAAAGCUUAGAUGUUGCGGCAGCUCUCUGUUUUUAAAGAACAAAUUCGGCAUUGGAUACCAUUUAACAUUAGUUCUCGAGGGUAAUGCUAGAGAACACGCUAUCAGCCGGAUAGUAACGUCACAUGUGAGCAAAGCGGAGAAAGCGAGACGUCAUGGUCGGGAAUUGAGCUUCAUUCUACCUCACAACUCCGUGGAGAACUUUGCACCCCUUUUUUCCGCCAUCGAGCACGAAAUCAAGACUCGUUCGAGUAGGCUCGGCAUUAGCAGCUACGGCGUAUCGAUGACCACCCUGGAGGAGGUAUUUUUGCAUCUGGAAAAGGAUGAGGAGACCGAGUGCACGAUGGACAACCUGUCGAAGAAGAUGGUGCGCAAUCGCGCGCUCAGCCGAUCGCUUUCGUUGCAGUCCAAGAGCACGUCCUAUCAGAGCUUGCAAAACGAGGGUAUAACCGUACAGGGUGACAGUCAAGCGAAAGCCAACGAUUUGCCGGACGGCAUCCAUAAUGAUCGAAAUCCACCUGUGCUCGGCCUCGGCCUAGAUUCCAUCAAGAUUCGGCCUAACUUCCCUCAAACACUCUAUGCCAUGUUACGCAUAAGGGUGCUCAGGCUCUUCAGAAACCUCCAACUGCUGUACUUCACAAUCAUCAUGCCACUGGCUCUGGUAGUGAUCGGUCUCUACCUGAACAGCAUCCGAACGCUCGAUGACAAGAUCGAGUCGUUAAAACUUAAUAGCCAUACUUACAACGAAACUGAGAUCGUCUACCUAAAUAAUACCGACUGCGACAUUACCAAGUUGAUAGACAGCAUAGCUCAAGACGCGAAGCACAUUGAAGAAUACGAUGGCAGUUUCGCGAAUUUAAUGAAUAUCGCGCCGCAUAUAGCCGCCUUCAACAUUACCGAUUACAGUCUACCGCAACUCAACCUGACCGUCACAUACAACGAUACGAUGCAACAUUCCCUUCCGAUAUUGAUAAACAUUCUUUCGAACGCUUAUUAUAGAUUGAUCUCGGGCAAGAACGAAGUUAUGCCGAUCGAAGUCCAUACACAUCCCUUCCAGCAAACGUCGCAACCCCAACAGUUCAAUGUCGGCGCGGCCAGCUGCGCCAUCUCCCUCGGCAUGGUUUUCAUAUUAUUGCCGAUUACUUUAGCGGUCGACAUGGUUUACGAUCGUGAGAUCAAAGCGAAGAAUCAGCUUCGCGUGAAUGGCCUGUCGUUCUCCAUGUACUUUCUUAGCUACUUCAUUGUGCUACUCGGCCUGAUGAUUUUCAUCUGCCUGUGCAUCCUCGGCAUCAUAUUCCUCUUCGAUGUGCCUUCGCUACGGGAAAUACCGGCCAUCAGUACCCUCGGCAUUCUCAUCAUACUCUACUGCCCAUCGUCUAUCCUCUUCUCUACAUGUCUCAGUUACAUCUUCGACAAAGUGGAUUCCGCGCAAAGCAUAUUGCCGAACAUCGCGACCUUCUUCGGGUUGCUACCGUUCAGCUUUGUCAUGAUCCUCGAUAUGCAAGGAAUCGGUGGGUCAGCUUCGUUCGCGUUGCACGUGGUCUUUUCCCUGUUGAACAGCAUGUACGUACCGUAUGCGGCGGUCUAUUAUGUGGACCGCGUUCAUUUGAUGUGUUCCAUCAACGCCGCCUGCCACUAUCUCUCCAUGUCUGAUUACCUCACCAUGGAGAUCAUAUUGCUGGCUUUUGGCGCGCUACUGCAGUGUCCGAUUUGGUUCUUCGUGUUACUCCUAGUGGACAUCAACAAGAGCGGCGGCAACGUCAGCGAUAUGUUAAAACACUACUUCUUGCGUGCUGGCGAUUCCAUUCGUGAAGAAAUUAUGGAAAACUCAGAUAUCGGCGAACACGAGGAUACGGAUGUGAAAAGCGAGCGACAGAAGGUUUUCAAUUUUGUCGUUUCGCCAGCCGUCAGUCAAGAGCCGCCCUUAGUAUUGGUUCAAAAUCUGCGAAAGGAGUACCGACACAAAGAGUCAGGAUCAUCCUGCUGUCCGAAACGCGAGGAAAACGAGCGAAUAAUCGCUGUGCGAAAUCUCUCGUUGGCGGUGGAACCGGGCGAGGUUUUGGGUCUGUUGGGUCACAACGGCGCCGGCAAGACCACGACGAUGAAGAUUAUCAUCGCCGAGGAGGCACCGACGAAGGGCAAGGUGCAGGUCAGCGGUCAUAACAUUAACACCCAUAUAACGGAGGCUUUCCGGCUGAUGGGCUAUUGUCCUCAGCACGACGCUCAAUGGAAGAAUAUCACCGUAAGAGAGCAUCUGGAAUGUUACGCCGCAAUUCGCGGGGUUCCAUGGAGCGAAGUCGACAGAAUCGUGGAUCUGUAUUUGUCCGGUCUGCAGAUUCAUGAACAUGCCGAUAAGCAGAGCCAAGAAUGUUCCGGCGGAACUAGAAGAAAACUUAGCUUUGCAAUGGCAAUGGUUAGUGGGCCCAAGAUGAUUCUCAUGGACGAACCGAGUACGGGCAUGGAUCCCAGGUCAAAGAGGUUCUUAUGGGACACGAUUCUCGCUAGUUUCCAGGGUGGCAGGGGAGUUAUAUUGACUACCCACUCCAUGGAGGAAGCCGACGCGUUGUGUUCAAGAGUUGGCAUAAUGGUGAAGGGUGAGCUGAGAUGCAUCGGUUCGACUCAGCAUCUAAAGAAUCUCUACGGUGCUGGCUACACCCUGGAGAUGAAGCUUCAGGGCGGCGACUGCACGCCGACGACACCCUCCGGCGACAGGAUUACCGGCUUAAAAGAAUUCGUCGCCGGCCUCUUCCCCGAUGCCACUUUGGAGGAGAGCUUCGCUGACCGGCUAGUCUUUGCCGUGCCCCAACAUGCCGUAACUUCGCUGGCUGAGUGCUUUAUACAAUUGGAGAAAGCCAAACUCGAACUGGACAUAGAAGAGUACAGCUUUAGUCAAACUACUUUGGAACAGGUGUUUCUCAAGUUCUCGCACUAGGGCACUUCCCUGAAAUGACGUUGUGCCGUCGUUACGUGAUAAUCAGUGAUAAACUCGCGAUUAGUGCGCGCGGAAGAGCUGUUCGUCCACGAACGAACACGUGAAGAAAAAAAAAAGUGCUCGAACAUGACAGAUGUUUUCAAUUACUCGCUCGCAAUUUCAAUUCUCGUUCUCGCUAACGAAUUAUGUGAUUGCGUCAAUGACAAUGUGAUGAAACGUGUCAUCUUCUUAUUGCAAGGCGUCGCGGAUAAUGGAACGGCGAACAUAAUGGUUAUCUAACUAUUCUAGUGUUGUACGUUACGAAGGAAUAUCAAAAAGAGACAUCGUCGUGUGCCUUCAAAUCCUUGGAGGGACAAUGAAGAAACGAACAGACGGAAUGAAGACGGGAGAAGAGGAGAUUAUGAAUAAUUUUAAUUUUAUUUUGGAGUGUUGCAUUAAGGUGUGACAAGCCAGUUCGGGAGAACGGCUUGACAAGGAAAUGAUAAAUGAGAAAGGAAUAUAAUGAGAAACGAGGAAUAAUUAUCCAAGAGUCCGUAGCAUUUAAGACGAAGAGAGACGAAGGAUUAUAUUUAAUUGUUCCAAAGUAUUGGAAAAGCAAUUAGGAAAUUAUAGAACAAUUGAGGAAACAAUUAGACGGGAUCGGCGUGUUGCGUUUAAAAAAGAGUUAUAAAUUCUAGAUUGUUAAAGCAAGAAUGAAGAAAACGUAAAGCGAUGGAGGGAUAGUCAAUCAAUUGUCUCACCGUUAUACGUUCGACAGAAAACUAGGGGGCGAACAGAAAAUGGUGGACAGAUAGAUAGCUGUAUACCAAAGCCUAGAUUUGAGGGAGUGUUAAAGACGUUUAAAGUAAAACUAGUCGCUUUGUAGCUCCAACUGGCAGAAUGGGACGAAGGAGCUAUGGGGGAACAUACACACAUACACAAACAAAACACACACACACACACACACACAAGUUAUAGCUACUAGCCUAGUAUGAAAUUUCGAAGGAGCGUUAAGUGACAAAUCGUCUUGCAGCUUUAUCAAAGAAGAAAUAUCGAAGGAGCGAUACAGCAAGACGGGACUUCAAACAAGAAAUUAACGAAAGUUCUUUGAUUUCGAGAUUAAAGGAACUAUAGAAAAAUGAUGUAGAAAUCGCUAUCGUGACGGUGAAAAUUGUCUCGUCGCUGCAUAAUUAACGACGAGAGACGACGGGGGAAUAGUCCAUUAUUUCUAGCGUGAAAAUGUUUUGGGGAACGUCGGAGACAAACCAGUUCAGAGCGAAGAAAUGUGAGUGGAGGACGGUGGAACGUGAAGUUAAUCCUUCGGAUGGUGCUUCGAGAAUGUGUUGAGGCAAGAGAUCGCCUUCGAGUUAUCGGAGGAACGACGAUCGAUAGAAUCAGUGGAACAGUUAGGAACAAAUAGGAAUCUAAUAAUAGUGUCUUUCCUUUAGGAGAACGUCAAGGUGACAGGGUGGACGAGGGAGAGACGUUGACGACGGUGUUACUGUUCGCGCGCUAGAGAAGAGCGUGUGAACGAGCGCAAUCGUCCCUCGCGAAAGAAGACUCUCCCUGCAAAGUUUUGUGUAUUUAUUCUAUAAAUAGUAUCGCGCGGGGGUACAUAUACACACCGUGGGAGAUAUAGACGCGAUUUUUUAGCACGAGCUCCGUGUCCUUUUAAGUUGGUGGAGUGUUGGCCCAAAACUGGGCUUUACGCUCGAUAUUUCCCCACGAAAUUUUUAUCUGACGUCUCUAUCUCUCUCAUAUCAAUCGGCAUUAUUUCAUCCGUAUUAUAACGUCACGUUCGAGAGGUGGAUCCCCGCGCUGACGUAGAUCGGCGUGCGAGGGUGCGAACGUCGGGUGUAAGCGCAGCAAUGAGCGCGGGAAAUGAAUGUCCUCGUGGCGUAGAGAGUUGAGAUUACGUACUGAUAGUUUCACUUCGUAUUUGAAAAACUUACCGAUAAUAGAUCUUGUACCGAUAUUGCACUGGAAUUGGAGCGCACGUCCCGUUGUUUUCGGGCAGGACGGCUCGUUCCUGGUAGCUGCAAAUCGAUAGACCGGCUCGAGAAGAUAACUCGUGAGAUUUCAGUCUUCGGUUGGUUUCAUUUAUAAUCCUGAAAAGUUUUUGUAUCAUAAUCGUACACAUGCCAGUAAAUCGCUUUACAAAUCCUUCACUUACUAUAUUAUAAUUUUAUCAACCCUGCGUGUGUGAUCAUUGAUUAUAAAAAAUAGAUAAUCUAAAAGAGUUUAACAGACAUUUAUAACUCUUGAGAUAUUAAAAUUUUGAGAUUUUUUAAAACAUUUUUUACGUUUUUUCUUCUAUUUCUUUUUAUUUAUAUUU